GUCGUUGUUGCCAUCGUCGAAGUGCGUUUCUGUCGGUCGCCACGCGUACACCUGACCUGACACAACCUGGGGUGUUAAUAAAGUCUGAACUCGUGUUGUUUCUUGUCGCGAGAUCUAUGUGAGUUUUGACAUUUGUUCUCUUAGUGAGCCGGCGGAAUUGCGGCAAUUUGCCGUGAAUAAAAAACUGUGAAAGACGUCCUGCGAAUUGUCCUGGCGAUUUAUUUGAUACGCAACGAAAAACGACAAAUAGCGAAUUUUCUUGUCGCUGCAUUUAUUUGCGUUUUCGGAGAAUGUUUCUCAUCGCACCGGUCGAUAAUAAUCGUUGGGUCUACGCAAUGCACGGAUUGGAGAAGCCUAUGGAUCAUAUGCCCGCCGGUGGUGUUAUGGCGGGCUCCGUUGCCACUUUGGCGAUUCUCUGGGUGUCCCUGCAGACGUUGGGCUUCCUGGGGCACUCUCAUUCAAUCGGCACGUACAAGGUGCCCGACUCACUGCAGAAUUAUCUUGCCGCUGAACCGUUUUCAGGAUUACCAACCAUUAACUACGGCUCAGAUGCCGUCGUGGACACGGGCCGUUUCGGAAAUCGAAGAUUGCCCAGGAUCGAUGGAACUACUCUAAACAACUCGAUCGCAUUCGCGCAAACGCUGAUCAAUCACAUGAGGACUCUUGAGAGAAAUAUCGCGAAUGCUGGUAUCGAACUCCAGGCACAGAGUCCGGCUCAGAAACAAUUCUGGGAUUCUUAUCCAUCCACAGAUGCUUUCGAGAGGAGUAUCGGUGCCAUCGUAGCGACGAAAGCAUCGUCGUAUCUCGUGCACCAAAACUGCCGCAGGUUUGGUUUAGAUAAGAAUGACUGCGCCCGCUACAUAUCGACGCUCGGUCUGCAGGGUACCCCGCUCGGUGAAUCUUGCGCCACGGUGUAUAGCGUGGAAUGCGACGAAAUGUCAAAGUACCGCAGCAUCGACGGCACUUGCAACAACAUUGAGAAUCCGAGCUGGGGCAGCGCCAUGACUGCGUACACCAGAGUUCUGUUCUCCCAAUAUUUCGACGGCAUCCAAGAACCGAGGCAUAUUGGACAAACGAAGAAACCACUGCCAAGCUCGAGGCUCAUAAGCGCCGCUUUGUCCAUUGCGAACGAUCAAUCAGAUGCAAGCAGAACACUGGCCGUGAUGGAAUGGAGCCAAUUUAUCGCUCACGACAUAGCUCACACCGCAGUUCGUAAAAUGGUCUCAACUGGAAAACCGAUCUCUUGCUGUCAACCUGAUGGAGAUACUCUGUCACCGCGUCAUAUACAUCCAGAUUGUUCUCCUAUCAGCGUGCCAGAACGCGAUCCCGUUUAUGGCGAACAUUACGUUCGAUGCAUGAAUUACGUUCGCUCUUUACCUGUCUUAAGAUCGGACUGCACUUUCGGACCAGUGGAACAGAUGAAUCAGGUGAGCCACUUUUUGGACGGUUCGACAAUUUACGGAUCUACCUUGAAAAAAUCUCGCGAGCUCCGCACUUUUGAAGGCGGUCAUCUUCGCGUUAACGUGCGAAACAAUCACGAGUACUUGCCAAGAGGAGAUGCCGAACUCGCAUCGCAAUGCGGAGAAAAUUGCUACAAUUCUGGUGACGAUCGCGUGAAUAUUGAACCUCAGUUAGCCGUGAUCCACACGAUCUGGCUUCGCGAGCAUAAUCGCAUCGCCGAUGAACUUGCCAAAUUGAAUCCGGAUUGGUCGGACGAGAUCCUGUAUCAGGAGGCUAGGCGCUUCGUAAUUGCUGAGAUUCAACAUGUCACUUACAAAGAAUGGCUACCCAUUUUGCUAGGUAGAAGAUACAUUCGUGCCGCCGGUCUCAUCGUAGGAAAUAGUCAUAGUCGCAAUUAUAAUUCUCACGAUGAACCGUCGGUUAGCAACGAAGCUGCCACCGCAGCACUGCGUUUCUUGAAUUCACUGAUGCAAGGAAAGCUGAAUUUGCCGGAUAAUUCUCGUCAACAGAACAGAACGCUGAAUCUGGCGGAGCACUUUUUCAAUCCGCGCGUAAUCGAAUCGGAGGACGUGUUUGACGGAUUACUUCGUGGUCUUGCUACUCAGACUAGCCAGAGAAUGGACAUUAGUCUUAUACCCGACAUGACAAGCAAAUUAUACACUAGUAAUGGCAAUAAUUUAGGUUUGGAUGCCGUCAGCUUGGAUAUCCAACGUGGUCGCGAUCAUGGCUUGCCAGGAUACAAUUAUUAUCGCAGAUAUUGCAGACUUUCUGCCGCCAGAACGUUUGACGAUUUCUUAGAUUACAUUCCCACGGAAAUGGUGAAAAAACUGCGUACAACCUAUUCCCAUCCCAACGACGUCGAUCUUAUUGUGGGUGGUAUGGCGGAGAGACCGGCGGACGACGGCAUGGUUGGUCCAACUUUCCGUUGUCUCAUUUAUGAGCAGUUCUCUCGAUCUCAACGUACCGACAGGUAUUUCUACGAUUCCGCGAUGCAACCGCAUCCCUUCACGCCUGAGCAAUUAGUUCAAUUGCAUAAUGUCUCCUUAGCGCGAAUAUUCUGCGACAAUGGUGACAGCAUCACUCACAUGCAGCGCAAUGUAUUCCUCAAGCCUCAAGCCGGAAACGAGUUGAGACACUGCACAGAUUUCGAGGCGAUACCCAGCGUGGAUCUGUUCGCCUGGACAGAGAGGGCAAAAGCCUAUCGUUGAAGUUCUUAAUUAAUUGGCUGGUCACACAAAACAAUUGCAUCCGUUUGCCCGUAAACAUAAUGCGGAUCUGAGGAUAGUUUACGGGAAGCGAGCGCGGAACGCGUGCGGGGAAAGCGAUUGUGUGAGAUUACGUUAUAAUCUCAUCAGAAUCGUCACGACGACAGUAUCGCUCCCGCCACGAUGAAGCGAGAGAGGCAAUACAAGGCAGAGUAAAAUAGGCGAAAUAACGUGACUAGUCGAUUAAAAAAAAUAUCCAGCAGCCGGAAUAAGGCUGAAACAACGAUGUUUGCGCGAGCUAAGUUGCAGAUGAACGAACAGAGACAAACGAUCGAUCUUCAGCUAUCGGGGAAACCGCAUUAUAGAGUUCGUUAUUCUGUUAAUUGGUUUCGCUCGCAGAAUUGCAUUUUUUGCAACGGUCUGAUAUUAAUAAUAUAGUCUGAUAUAGGCGCACCUUGUAGUCUCGUGUAUCUGUGUGGAGAUGUAUAGGUGGAAAUGGUGGACAUUACGAGCGUAUUAAUUACGCUUAUGUAGAUCGUAUUGAAUCGAGGCUUAAGUUAAGUACUUAGCGACUGAUCAAUUUGUGAUUAUUUAGAAUAAUUAAAUGGGGACAAUUUUUAUCUAACCGAUAAAUGCAAUAUUGUCUCUUGUUAAAGAAGAUCGAAAUUCGAUUAAGUAAAGAAUGCAUUUUUUCACUCUUUUGAGAAUAAUUUGCAUAAUGGAUAAAACGAAGCUAUAACUGGAAGCAAUAAUUUAUUGAACGAAAGAUUGAUAUUAUAACAGCGUUUUUAAUGCAUAAGGCAUAAGUAUUAUAUGUCAAAAUAUGAUAUAUAAAUGUCGUCACGAUAAAUAUGUCAAAACUUUAUUUCUUUUUAUACAUUUUCGUAUCGAUGUGUGUAUGUGUGACGCACUUCGUAAACGUUUCCGAAUAUUUUAACAAAGCACACAAGAUUCUUCGCAAUAUCUGUUAAAAAUAUUUAUUUGAUUUGUAAUUUAUAAUAAUUCUACAAUGAUUUGUAAUUUGUAAAAAUAUUACCGAUUUUUAUAAGCCAAUUGUUCAAUUUAUUUUGUUAUAGAAUUUUGUAAACAGCAACUUAUGAUAAUAAAAUAUGUUUUACCAA